AUGAAGAAGAUUUCCAAGAUCCUCACGGCGAGGAAGCGCCCGGACUCGGAGUCUGAAGGCGGCAGCGGCGGCAGUAGUCGGAGCCGGAGCAGCAGCCGGAGUCGAAGCCAGACGCGGAGUCGCAGCCGGGGCGGCGGCGGCAAGGACGGCGUCGCAGGAGGAGGAGCUGCGGGCGGCGUUGGUGGCGGCGGCGGCGGCGGAUUCGAUGCAACAGAGGUGCAUCAGCUGCCGUCGCGACGCGGCACGCCCGUCUCGUUGGCCAGGCAGAAGAGCGGCCUGCUGCUCGCGCCUGCGGGCGGCAGAGACGCCGCCUUGUCGACGGGGCGCAUCAUAGCCGACGCCGACGACAACAACCACGACGAUCGCCUCAGCGACGACGCCGACGCCGACGACAGCAGCGGCACCAGCAACGUCCCGCGACUGCGCGCCCGACAGCGAGAGCGACUGCGCCCGCGAUACCGCGUCUGCGCCAUCUGCGCCGCCAUCAACUUCCCCCGGCUGCUCGCCUGGCAGCCCGGCAGCCCGCGGCCCUGGAUCCCCCUCGCCCACGUCCUCGUGCCCCCGCCGCCGCUGCCGCCCUCGCCGCCCGCCUCCACCGACGGCACCGCCGCCUCCUCCUCGGCCUCGACCUUUGCCGCCUCCACAUCGCCCUCCGCCUCCGCCGCCACCUCGCCCGCCGCCGCGCACGAGCCAACGCCGCCGCAGCCGCCGCGAUGCCCCUACUGCGCCUUCUUCCAGGCCAUGCUGCUCGACGCCGGCGCCGGCGGCACCUUCACGCCCUAUCUGCGCAUCCGCCGCGCCUUUGAGCGCCUCGGCGGCGUCGGCGAGCGCCAUGCCCUUGCCGGCGAGGUCCUCGGCGAGGUCAUGACGCGCAACAAGGCCCUGCCGUGGGGGUACAUCAUCAGGGCGGCCGAGGACGACGGCGAUGUCGACGACGACGCGCAGCUCAAGCUGUAUACUGCGUCUGAAGAGGACGGGCCGCCGCGCAUACGCGGUCGCAACGUGACUCCCCUGCUGGACUCGCGGGUGCCGAACUGCUGGCUGGACUAUUGCAGAACGCAUCACGCCGAUGAACCGUGCUGCGAGUCCAAUGAGGGCACCCCCGUGUCGGGGUUGAGGCUCGUGGACUGCAAGGAGAAGCGAGUGAUAUCCGUCGACGACAUCGACGGCGAUACGCCGAAAUAUCUCACCUUCAGCUACGCAUCGGACGAGCCGCACGCAUCCAAUGUAUUACAACCCGACAACUACCUCCCAAAGAAGCUACCGACCCUCUUCCGCGAUGCCAUCGCCUUCACCACCUCCCUCGGCUUCCGCUACCUCUGGAUCGACUGCUACUGCCUCCCCGCGCCAGAGCAGCGCGACCAGCGCACCCUCCACCUCGACCUCCUCGGCGACAUCUUCUCCCGCUCCUCCCUCACCCUCAUCGUCGCAGCCGGCGACGACGCCCACGGCAUCGACGCCGGCAUCCCCGGCGUCUCCGUCCCCCGGCCGCAGCAGCUCUCCAUCAAGACCCCCGCCGGCAUCUUCACCACCACGCUCCUCCGCCCGGACAUUGAGGUCGCCACCUCGCCGUGGUCCGCCCGCGCGUGGACCUACGCGCAGGGGCUCUUCGCCCGGCGGCGCCUCGUCCUGACGCCGUCGCAGGCUUACUUUCAGUGCCGCACGCUGCACUGCCAUGAGAGCAUCGCCCUACCGCUGCGUCUCGCCCCCGGCAUUAAUCUCGGCCGCGUCUUUCCGCCGUACGCGGCCCCGCCGCGCCCCGCGCAGCUCCAGGAUCAGAUUGGCGCGUACAUGGCGCUUGAGAUGCCGCGGAACAAGGACCGGCUCGACGGCUUCAGAGCGGUACUCCGUGAGUACACGCGUUUGCCGGGCUUGGCUGUGGACAACUUUAGCGGCCUGCCGCUCUUCCAUCCGGACGCCUUUGUCAACGUCAACGUCGUAAGCCAGACGGACCGGCUUGCGAUUGGUCUUGGCUGGACGCCCGAGCGAGCCCUCACGCCAUCACAGUCCUCAGUCGAGAGCGACCUUCCCGAGCCGGGUUACUCCCUGGCCCCUGACGCGGCAUUCCCAUCAUGGACGUGGCUAGCCUGGGCGCCGCGCGAGGAAGCCAGGCGGCGCUCCGCCGCCUCCGGAAGCAUGACGGCCGCAACGGCGGUGCAAUCAACCGCCUUCCACUUCCACCUCCUCGGCGAGGCGUCCCCCAUCGUCGACGGCGCCUGCUCCGCCCCGCGCAUGGAAAUCUCCGUGGGGUUCGCCGACGGCGCGGUCCUCUCCUGGGAGAUUGACGGCGACGCCAUCAGGAAAAAGGGGGAGAGCGUCGAGUUCCUCCGCCUGGAGACGUACUGCUUCAAUGUGAUGGUGCGGCGCGACGGCAGCAACUCGUUUGUCCUGGACGAGGGGGGCUUGCCGGCGCCCGUCGCGGCGACUAUACUAUCGUGGGUUCGCGCAUCGCCUCCCCUACCAGCGAGGACCUCAUCAGCAGCGGCAUCGCCCUCCGCAUCAUCAUCGUCAUCUAGUCCGCCCCCCAACCGCGGCGAUUCGCCCAAGGCGCCAUCAUCCCCGCCGACAGCCAGCGCGCCGCAAACCCCCGGCUACUGCCUCGUCGCGGUGCUCAUCUCCGGCCGCAACUGGAAACCCCCCGCCCCCUCCACCCUCGCUACCGGCAGCGGCGGCGGUAGCGGCAGUGGCGGCGGCGCCGCCACGCUGCUCGUCUGCCACCACCGCAACUGGGACCCCUCCGCGCCGCUCGUCCGCCUCGGCGCCGUGGGGAUCGACUUCGACGUCCUCGCCACGGACGAGCCGCACCUCGGCUCCGCGGUCCUCCGGGGCGUGCGCCGUCCCGGGCCGGGCCAGGCGGCGCACGGCCGCGGCAGCGUCGACGACGGCAAGUCCUCGUCCUCGUCCGCCGGCGCCGGUGGUGGUGGUGGCGGGAGCAGGAGGAGCAGCGGCACGACUAGUACCACCGCGGGCGGUGAGCGUGCGGACAUCGAGGUCCGCCGGCGCGAGCUGGACCUGUAUUAG